AUGAUAAAUUUUUAUUUAAUUCUUUUUUAUUUUAUUUUAAGUGUAAAGAAUACUCAUGAAAAAACAACAAAAAAAUAUGAAUGCAUUAAUUUAUUAUCAGAUCAAGAUUACAAUGAUAAAUUACAAACUUUAAAACUGUAUCAAAUAAAAGAUAUUAAUAUAAAAAAUAAAAAUAAGUAUGUUUUUUCUUAUUAUGGAGGUUCUGGGAGUAAUAAAAGAAGAAUUUUAGAAAAAAUUUUUAAUAUAUCACCUGAAAAAAGAAAUUUUAUUAAUUUGGGAUUUCACCAGAAAUUAGACCUAUGGCUUGGGUAUGAUAAAAAUAAUAAUUUUAAUAUAGUUCUUGAUGUAGAUUUAUUAGAAAAUGAAGAGUUUUUAGAUAAUUAUGAAACAAUAUAUAAUUACGAAAAAUUAGUUAAUAUGAUUAUUGAGUCGACAAAUAUUGUUAUAAUACCUAUAUAUAUUGAAGAUAUAUAUAAAGAAAUAUAUGACAAAAACGAAAAGAAAAAAUUUCUUGAAAAUAAUACAAAUAAAAAAUAUCUUUUUAAUUUACCAAAAAAAGUAGAAAUGCUUCUAAAUAGGUUAAAUGAGAAAAGUAAAAAUAUGAAUAUUUAUUUCAUUAUUGUAGAUGACGAAAAACUACAAAGUACUAGUACUCGUAAUGAUUUGAUUAAACAUUUAAAAUUAAAGUAUAAUAAUUUAUAUAUUUAUUUAAUAAAACAGAGCAAAAUAAGUAUAGAUUUAUUGCAAAAUAAUAAUAUAAAUAAAUAUGAACUGCUGAUAAAUAGUAUAGAAAGUGCUAUAAAAGAAAUGAAUACAUUUAAGAAUUUUGAUUUUUUUAAUCAAAAAUAUGUUUAUAAUGUAUAUGUAAUAGAAGAAUCAUAUAUAAAAGUAUUAAAUUAUUUUGAUAAAAUUUAUUACGAGUAUGAAAAAGAAAUUACAAUGGGGAGUGUUAUUGAAAAUUAUGGUACUCUAUCAAAAGAUCUUAUAAAAAACUCUUUACUUUUAUUUCAUUUAUUAACGUUUGAACAAACAGGUACAAAAUUUAAAAAGACAAUUUUUCAGAAAUUAUUAGUAAGAUUUCAAACAUUAAUACGUAAACAAAUACUAAAACAGUUAUUACUUUUAGAAACCACUUAUCUUAAUAAAGGAAAAUAUAUGAUGUUAAAUAAAUACAACAUAAGUAAUGGUAAAGAUUUGAUAGAAAAAAAAGAUAAAAUCGAUCAUUUAAAGAAUUCUUUAAUAAUAAAAUUUACAAUAGAAAUAAAUAAAUUAAUCAAUGAACAAUUUAAAUUAUAUAACAAUCUUAAUAAUACAAUUAAUGAGUUUUUAUAUCGAUUUGAAGAGAAGUUAGAUCAAAUAUUAAAUAGUUAUUAUAAUUUAAAUCAAAGCCCACUGAAAAAGUUAUUUGAUAAACGGAAAUUAAAAGAAGCCCUUAAAAAAAAAAAAAAAUGGUUUAAUCCUUCUUUAAAUAUGAAUCUAACUUUAACGUCAUUAGUAAGAAAAAAUGGCUAUGGAAAUCUACAGAGUUACUUUAUAUAUGAUUUAGGUAUUUUAACAUUUGUGCUUGGUAUUGUAAAUGAUAGAAAUACACCUGAAGUUCAACAGCAAGGAGAUAAAAUUCCUUUUUUUAAAUUUCAACCAAAGCUGAACCUAAAAUUAAAUUUUAAGUAG